GGAGGCGGAAUACCCUUAUCUAAUUGUCAAUUUCAUCAAAGCUUCUUGAUUAAGUCUGUCUACCUAAACCAGCUCGUGUUCCGCCCCUGCAUCUGUCUCAUGUGGACUCUGUGCUAAUCACUUUAAAGGCGCUUGGUUAAGCUUCCAGAGCUUAAACAGGUCAUAAUAUUGAUUUCUCGUUGAAUCCUCAGAUUUCGAAAAUAUACAUAGAUUUCAUGAUAUCGUUAUCGAAAAUUCAGAAGAAGAUCAGGGGAAAAAGCGAAGAUUACUAGCUCAAUUUACCACCAAUUUCAAUAAGGUAUUUCCCCCAAAAUUCUGCUGAAUAGGCUUCGAUCGACCAUGUCUUCGGUUAGAUCACGAAUUGGUGGGAACGGGCGUUGCAUAAUGCCCUAAAACCCUUAAUGGGAACAAUCUCAAUCCAAAUUGGAGUUUCAAAUCCUUCAGCAGCUUGUCAAUAACCGAAAACAUAGAAAAGAAAUUGAUUUUAUUCGGUCUGUUGCUGUGGACAGUUUGGGGCAAUGGAGAAUCGUAUCAAUCAAAUCCCCUCCUCGACACAAAGAAGAUGGAGAAAAGUUGCUUAUGGAGGUAUGCAGCCUGGUUUUGAUGACAAUCACACAGACAACACUUUCCUUCAAGAAAUGGUGAUGAAUGCAAAUGUUGUCAAAAGAGACAUGCUUAAGGUGAUGCUAGAUUCCAUUUCCAUAUCUCAAUACCUUUGCAUUGUAGCACUUGUGGUUUUGGUCUGGACCCACACUCUCAAUUCCACCAUCUCUCACAACUUUUUAUUAAUUCUUGAUGUCGCCCUUCUUGCAUCCGGCUUCUUUAUCCUCCUCUUAACAGCCAAAAUGCUUUCAUUCACUCUCCUCAUCAACUACUUAAUCAAAAUCUCCUUUUUCACAACCAGUCUUUAUGUCUUAUCCCCAAUAUACCACACGUUGACCAGGUCAAUAAGUUCAGAUUCCAUAUGGGCAUUAACCACAUCACUCAUAAUCCUCCAUCUUUUCCUCCAUAACUAUUCUGGAUCCACCAUUAAAGCUCCUGGAGCUUUAGAAAUUAAACCGACUUUAACCAGUAAUAUUUCACUUAAUGCUUCCAUUGUGGCUUCACUUUUGAUUGCUUCUAGGCUUCCUUCAAGGGUUCUUGUGUUUGCUGUCAUUUUGUUUUCAUUGCAGGUUUUUCUUUUUGCACCUUUGGUGACUUAUUGCCUUAAGAAAUACUCAGUAAGGUUGCACCUGUUCUUCUCAUUGGUGUUGAUGGUGAUGACUUUGAGCUGUGUUUAUUGUUUGCAUAAACUGAUGUUUGUGUUGUUGUUGGGAGUGUUGAGUUUUGUGAAUUUGGUGUGUCCUUAUUGGUUGAUUAGGAUUCAAGAGUAUAAGUUUGAGAUUAAUGGUCCAUGGGAUGAGGCUAAGUUAUGUUUUAACAUAACAGACUGAAAUGAAUCCAUGCCUUUUUACUUUUUA